UAUCCUCACACAUACACGCACACAGAGGCUGUUCUCUCCAUCCAAGCUGACUUCCCUGCAUUGCAAGAAAAUAUAGGAAGGGGGGGUGGGGAGGAGAAGAAUCUAUUUCUCAUUUUUGUUGGAGGGGGGGAGGAAAAUAAAAAAAAACAACCCAGAUCAGAUGAGAGAGAAAUUGUUUCAAUUGUAGAACCAGCCUCCUUCCCUUUACCAUCGCAGGUUUCGUUUUACCAGAUUAUUAUUUUUUGCCUCCAAGUAAGCGCUGCAGCCCCCAGUUCUCUGCAAUAUAUAUAUAUAUAUUACACACCGAUCCGAGCUGCCCCUCCCCCAACAACUCCAAAACCUUCCAAGAUCUGCGUGAGGAUACUGAAUGGAAUAUCUUUCCUUCUCUGCAACCAGCAGGCACCCCCCGUUUUUUCAAGGAUUUGGGACCCAUCACUGGAGACACCGCCUGGGGGGGCGAGUGUCCUUGGCCUCCUCGUCAUCUCUGCAAGUGACGGGCCAAGCCGGAGAGGACAUGGUUGCUGACUGUGGCUGACAUCGCAGCUGCCGGAAUAUGCAGCCCGGGGGCCUUCCUGGCAGCGCAAAGGCAGCGGACUGCGCUGAGGAGCCGAUCGCCACGUCGCGCAGGAGGGCCACCGCGGCCGGGAGGCAUGGUGACAACGUUCAAGGUGGCAGUGCUGGGAGCUCAAGGGGUCGGGAAGAGCGCCAUUGUCCGCCAGUUCCUCUACAACGAGUUCAGCGAGGUCUGUGUCCCCACCAAGACCCGACGCGUCUACCUGCCUGCUGUGGUCAUGAACGGCCACGUCCACGACCUGCAGAUCAUGGACUUUCCCCCAAUCACGGCGUUCCCAGUAAACACCUUGCAGGAGUGGGCGGACGUGUGCUGCAGAGGCCUCCGGAGCGUUCAUGCCUACAUCUUGGUCUAUGACAUCUGUUGUUUUGACAGCUUUGAGUAUGUCAAGACCAUUAGGCAGCAGAUCCUGGAAACAAGGGUCAUUGGCACCUCGGACACACCCAUCAUUAUCGUGGGGAACAAGAGGGACCUCCAGAAAGGGCGGGUCAUCCCCCGCUGGAACGUCUCCAACCUGGUGAAGAAGACCUGGAAGUGCGGCUACAUCGAGUGCUCGGCCAAGUACAACUGGCACAUCCUCCUGCUCUUCAGCGAACUCCUCAAGAGCGUGGGAUGCGCCCGGUGCAAGCAUGUCCACACCACCAUCCGCUUCCAGGGCGCCCUGCGGAGGAACCGGUGUGCCAUUAUGUGAGACCUUUGAGGACGGGCACCCCCUUCCGUCGCUGCCCUCCAUCUCCAGAGGCGUUGCCAACACCACUCACCCUCGUGCCAUGUGUACAGGAGCCCUUCUUUCCACCUGGAGCGGGUGGUGGGAGCAGGAGGUCUCGAGCGACUCUGUUUUACAACGAAGCCUCUCCACCCGCAACCCCCUGGGGUGUGAUCUAGCUUUGGCUGGGGGUUUUUUUUGCCAUUGCUGCAUCCCCUGGAGCAGCGGAUUCGCAGAGGAGACCCGGUCCCUUCAAAUGCAAGAGGCCUUUCCCUCGCUUCGGAUCACGAACCCGGAAUAUGAGCGUUCCCAGCAGAGGGGACAGAAGCUGCUGGGUGUCAUCUGAGAUCAAGCCUUUAAGGGGGCUCCCGGUUGCCUCGUGCGACUCCUUGGGUCCUGGAUUUCCUGAGUGGAUGUUUCUACGGAAAGUGGGAGGGUGUUGGCAGCAGGGCAUGUUCUCUCGGUGCAAAGAAAGGAAAUCCUGCCUGAUCAAAAUCUCCCCACAGGAGGGAGGUACCUGCAAGGGACAGGAUAAUGGGGAGUUAAGGUGACCUUGGAUGGAAAUGGUUGGGUCUAAGUAACAGGGGCAAAGCAGAGGCAAGGAAGGUGGGGGCAGCUCAGGUCACAUCAGCACAGAGAUUUGCAAGAGAAUCCUUUACUGCGUGGGCUGUUUCAACCAUGACUUGGUUUGCCACUGACCUCUAAGCAAAACAGGGAACCACAGCCAGUUCCUGGGGUACGGUA